UGUAGUUGACGCGCAAAAAUAAUAUAUGUGCACAAAAAAUAGUUGUAAACAAAUAAUUGAUGAACAUUGACAUAAAAGUGGCGCAGCGUGACGAAAUAAGUGACGGCAGCUGAAAAGUGCAGCUGCAGUUGAGGAAUACAUUGUGGCAAACAGCACCAAGGAAACUCCAGCUGUUUAUUUAUAGGACCAAAACAGCAACAGCAACAACACGAGCAACUAUCAAACAAUCAACCCCUACUGCCUCCCUACUACCUACCACCUAUUACCACCCCUAACCAUCUGCAAUUGAGCAGUUAGUUGUGUGUGGGCGUGGGCGAAAAUUGACAACGGCAAGUGCAAGGAUACUCGACUCACAGUCGUAGUCACAGCCCCAUUCACAGACAAAGUCAGCAUGAGCCUACGGUGUAUAUUGUAUAGUGUCAUGUAACGUGACGUUGCCAUCUUCAUUGUGACAUUUACAUUUACAUGGCAUUUGCGUGUGUUAUGAAAUUAUUUUUAUUGACGGCUUUAUUAAACCACAAAUAACUUUAUUGUGAAAUUGAUUUAGAGCUUAUCACAAUCAGUAAAGAGCAUGGAGCCAAGCGUAACUGCGGUAAACGUGACAGCUGCUCCUGCAGCAGCGACGACAACAGCUACCACAACGGCACCUAAUGUCAAGCGCGGCACGCAGCAAGGACGCAAGAAGUCUGGACCCAAGUUUGAGCUCUCGGAGGCGCAAAAGUCGGACAUCAAGGAGGCAUUUGAUUUGUUUGACAACGAGUGCACCGGCUUUAUAGAGGUCAAGGAACUGAAGGUGGCCAUACGUGCGCUGGGCUUUGAGCCAAAAAAAGAGGAAAUCAAGCGUAUGAUAGCGGAAAUUGAUAAAGACGGCAGUGGACGCAUUGCUUUCAACGAUUUUCUACAUCUGAUGACAAUGAAAAUGGCCGAAAAGGACACCAAGGAGGAGAUACUGAAAGCGUUUCGGUUGUUCGACGACGACGAAACGGGCAAGAUCUCAUUUAAAAAUCUUAAGCGUGUAGCACGCGAACUUGGUGAAACGCUGACAGAUGAGGAGCUGCGUGAAAUGAUUGACGAGGCGGAUCUGGACAACGAUGGCGAGGUCAAUCAAGAGGAGUUUCUGCGCAUUAUGAAGAAGACCAGCCUGUACUAGUCAAAUUAAUUCGAAACCGCAUUCCACGCUUUAUGUUUAAGUUCAAGUGUUGUUCCUUUUAAUUUUAUAUACUUUAAGCGUAUUUAUUGCUAACUGUUGUGCGCAGCCCGCUGCUCCAUGGCAACUGCUUUACUGUGUACGGCUACCCACAUAAGGUCAAAGUGUGUUCACGUCCCAAUCUAUCUCUGAAUGUAUGUACAAACUAUGCAAAUGAUGCACCGCCUGUAUUUUUGCACAUUAUAUAACCUUGGCGAUGAAUAAAUCAUCCAAUUGAUUAACGUUGUACGCCACCCGC